AUGGGCACACACGUCCCAUCCCCCUCGCCCGUCGGCCGCAACCGUCAAACCCGCGGGGGAAAGAGGGCAAGGAAAGACGAUCGUGUGGCUUCGUCCUCGCACCGGACUCCGCCCCCCCGUCCCCCGUUCCCAACCGAACCGAACCAAACCCACCCCCCCGGUCGGUCGCCUUUGUUCCUCACGAGGCGUUCACGACGAACGGUCCGCCUCAUGCCGGCAACUGGCUCCUGCAUCGUCCUGGCAUUUCCCGUCGUCACGGCGGCGUUUGCGGCCGCACCCUGA